GGCGGGCCUUCAGAUGUCGUCCUCAUGGAACGUGACCGCAACAGAUGUUGACCAUUUUUCUCAGAUGUCAGCUACAUCGUUUUUACAGCCUCCAAGUCCUACUCCACCUGGGCAAGAAAGACAGGAAAGGCACGAGUUGCUGAAUCGACCAGAUGUCCAGCAAAUUCUUCCGCACUUGGCACCGGCACCAGCAGCAAUGGGGGAAGUUCCUCCGUUUAAGCGGUAUGCAAAAUUGACCAUUGCGGUAGACUCGUG